UCCCAUCUCAUCUCCAUUAGGCACAACUACAGGGCACACAGUCCAAAAGAGAUCACUAGUGCUGCUCUCACAGCAAAGCCAUUGAGAGGACACUAAAGAUCAAGCAUUAGAAACAGUCACACAAAGAUGGCAGAAUUUCAGCAUCCUCCAAAAUCCACAGGCUUUGUCUCAAAGGGAAAUCAGAAUGUCCACCUGGAACCACGUAUGGUAUCUUCUGAGGCUAUACCAAAAUAUGAAACUAUUCAAGUUGUCUACCAAGAUAAAAUCACUAAAAUAGUGCUGAAUAGGCCAAAGAAAAAAAAUGCUUUUAGUGUUGAGAUGUACCAAGAAGUGUGUACUGCACUGGAUGAUGCUGGACAAGAUGAUUCUGUAUUAACAGUAGUAACAGGGCAAGGAGACUACUUUAGCAGUGGCAAUGACUUGAGUAAUGCUCUUCGGCCUCUCACAGGAAGUCCUGAAGAGGUGAUGAAAGGAAGAGACGGGACAGUAAGGGAUUUGAUUGGUAAAAUCAUUGAUUUUCCUAAACCUCUUGUAGCCAUGGUAAAUGGGCCUGCAGUUGGGAUUGCCACAACUAUUCUUGGCCUGUUUGACCUUGUGUAUGCUUCUGAUAAGGCCACAUUUAAUACACCAUUCAGCAAGUUGGCAUUAUAUCCCGAGGGAUGUUCUUCUUAUACAUUCCCUAAGAUAAUGGGUUUGUCAAAGGCUAUUGAGGUACUAGUUUUCAACAAAAUAUUGACUGCUCAAGAAGCUUAUCAUGUAGGCUUGGUGGCUGAAGUGUUCCCUGACUCUACAUUCCAGCAGGAAGUUUGGUCCAGACUGACAGUUUAUGCCACUUUGCCAAAAAAUUGCUUGGCCCUGUCCAAACAAACUGAUUCGAAAUUUAGAGAAAGAGAAAACCUUCAUGAAGUUUGUGAUAAGGAGUUGGAAGCUAGUGCUUCAUGGAUAUUUUUCAGAAGAAGCCCAAAAGCGCUAUCCAAAAUUUUGUCAAAGGAAAUCAAAGCUGUGAUGCUUUAUUUCUUUCUAAUGAAAGAUCACCCAGAUAUUUACUGUUGUCCAAUUAACACUUAUUACACAAGCUACAUCGUCUUAAUAAACAUUCUAUGUAUGAGUAAUCCUUAAACAUAAUUAUAUAAUCGGU